AUGGGCCUCGCGAAGCAAAACUCCGGCGACCUGAAAACGCGGGUUAACACCUGUUUGAGCAAGCUUUCGGACAGGGAUACGUUACCAAUGGCGGCCAGCGAGCUCGAGAGCAUAGCCAAGACGCUUCAAAACGACGCUUUCGCGCCUUUCCUCAGUUGCCUCCACACAACCGACUCGUCGGAGAAAUCCCCCGUCCGUCGCCAGUGCGUCCGCCUCCUGAGCGUUCUGUCGGAGGCUCACGGCGAUGCUCUGUCGCCUCACCUGUCCAGGAUGGUAUCCGCCGUCCUCCGCCGCCUGCGCGACCCUGACUCCGCCGUCCGGGUCGCCUGCGUCGAUGCCGUCGCCUCCAUUGUCACCCAUGUCCGUUCGCCGCCGUUCUCCGUCAUCCUGAAGCCUCUGGUGGACGCGCUCUUCCACGAGCAGGACGUGAACGCGCAGAUCGGCGCGUCGCUGUGCCUCUCCGCGGCGGUGGAGGCGGCGCCGGAUCCGGACGCGGCAGAGCUGAGGAGGAUUCUUCCUAGGGUUUUGAAGCUGUUGAGGAGUGAUUGCUCGAAGGCGAAGCCUGCUCUUCUGUUGUUUGUUGGCAGUGUCGUGAGCGGGGGUUGCGUAAGGAAUAGGAGUUUGUUGAGUUCGGUGGUUUCAACUGCGGUGGAGUUCUUGAGCUGUGAGGAUUGGGCUGCGAGGAAAGCGGCGGCGGAGGUUCUGGAGAAGGUGGCGCUGGGGGAGACCAAAUUGGCGGCCGAUUUUAAAGGUCACUGCGUGGAUGCACUAGAGAACAGAAGGUUUGAUAAGGUGAAGCAUGUGAGGGAAAAGAUGAAUCGAGCAUUGGAGGUGUGGAAAGAUCUUGCCGGACAACCUGACAACUUGACAUCGCUAAAAGAAACUCCCAAAGAGAAGAAAGUUGUGUUGUGCCGGUCACCCCCAUCUACUUGUUCGUCUACAAUCAGCAUUCAGAAAAGCAUUAUUGAAACAGAGGACAUCGAUCCGUGUGUUUCCAAAGACACUAAGCCGAAUUUCAGGAAAAAAUUGUGGUCUCGAGUGGUUCCUAUUAACUGGGACAACGAGAAUUUGGACGUGGCUGAUGGUUAUGCCGUUAAAGAUGACUAUGAGAGUCAAAGGGAGUUCGAGGACAUGUCUCUCAUACGCAAACAGUUGCUGCAGAUUGAAAACCAGCAAUCUAAUUUAUUGGAUCUCCUCCAGAGAUUUAUUGGCAGCUCCCAAAAGGGAAUGAGUUCCCUGGCAAAACGGGUGGACGGCUUGGAGAAGGUGCUCGAUGAGAUGUCCCAGGAUUUUGCUAUAUCCACAGGCCGGAUUUCGUGCACUGAUAAUAAUAAUAAUAGUAAUAAUAACACGUGUUGUAUGUUAGCUGGGGCCGAGUUUCUAAGUCCCAAGUUUUGGAGGAAAGCUGAUGACAACAACUUCAAUUCAAAAACUCGCUCUCCUUUCAGAAACCAGGCCUUGCAAGGGUCGGGGCAAAGGUAUACAAAAGCUGAAUUUUCCAAGUCUGAUAAUAGUUCAAGAAAGUGA